AUGGUCGCCAACCAGACCGACGGACCUGGACCCGAGGCCGAAUUCAGCACCUUCGCCGCCGCCGCCACUUGCAGCACCACCAGGACCCGUACUGAGUGGCACGACAGCUCCGACACCACCAAGCAAAACUUUGUGAACGGUGUCAAGUGCCUGCUCGGCAAGCCCUCUGCCGGCAACUACCCUGGCUCCAAGAACCGCUACGAGGACUUCGUCCAGGUCCACCAGACCGUUACCGACAACGUGCACAACAACCGCAAGUUCAUCGUGUGGCACCGUGCUUUCCUGUGGGCGUUCGAGCAGGUGCUGAGGGAUGAGUGCGGCUUUACCGACUCUCUUCCCUGGUUCGACGAGACCAAGUUUGCCGGCCGCUUUUCGCAGUCGUCCAUCUUCUCUAGCAAAUGGCUCGGAGCCAUCAACCUCGGCGGAAACUGCGUUACCGAUGGCCAAUUCGCCAACCUUGCCCUGAACGUUGGUCCCAGCACGGCCCAGUUCAACCAGUACCACUGCCUUGCCCGUAACGGCAAUGCCGCCGACACCGCCAACACCAACUCCAACAUCGUCAACGGUUGCAGGGCGUUGAAGGACUACCAGGACUUCGCCAAGUGCGCUGAGCAGGGCGCCCACGCCUACGGCCACAAUGGAAUCGGUGGCGUCAUGCGCGACGUAUAUGCCUCCCCCGGUGACCCAGUCUUCUGGCUGCACCACGGUAUGGUCGACCGCCACUUCCGCAUCUGGCAAAACGACGACUCUUCCCGCACCGGCUACAUCGACGGCACUGGCCCCAACAACCAGGCCCUUACCCUCGACACGGACAUCUUCCUCAACGGCCUGAAGCCCAACAUGAAGGUCAGGGACAUCAUGAACACCCUGAACUCACCCCUGUGCUACAAGUACAACUACUAG